GUCCUCCACCACCCAUCCGCGCACCCCCACCCAUCCAACCAUGGCAGGCAAGAUGGUUCCCCUGGACGGGGAGAACCAGAAGAAGCGCGUCUGCUACUUCUUCGACUCGGACAUUGGUGGCUUUCAUUAUGGUCCGGGACAUCCGAUGAAGCCGACGCGCAUACGGAUGUGCCAUUCCCUCGUCAUGAAUUAUGGGCUGUAUAAGAAGAUGGAGAUCUUUCGUGCAAAACCCGCGACGAAGCGCGAGAUGACCCAGUUCCACUCCGACGAGUACGUCGACUUCCUGAGCAAGAUUACGCCGGUGAACAUGAACUCGCAUGUACGGGAGCAACACAAGUACAAUGUCGGAGACGAUUGUCCUAUAUUUGACGGUCUCUUUGAGUAUUGUUCAAUAUCUGCGGGAGGCUCGAUGGAGGGUGCUGCUCGGUUGAGCCGGGACAAAUGCGACAUUGCCGUCAACUGGGCCGGUGGUCUGCAUCACGCGAAGAAGAGCGAGGCAAGCGGGUUCUGCUAUGUGAACGACAUCGUCUUGGGUAUUCUCGAACUUCUCCGCUACCACCAACGUGUACUAUACAUCGACAUCGACGUCCACCACGGUGAUGGUGUCGAGGAAGCGUUCUAUACGACGGAUCGAGUCAUGACCGUCAGCUUCCACAAGUACGGCGAGUACUUCCCUGGGACGGGCGAGUUGAGGGACGUUGGCGUCGUCAAAGGCAAAUACUACGCGCUCAACUUUCCCCUCCGAGACGGUAUCACCGACGACAACUACAAGUCCGUCUUCGAGCCUGUCAUCCGGUCGGUGAUGGAGACCUACGACCCCUCGGCUGUGGUACUGCAGUGCGGGACGGACUCAUUGUCAGGAGAUAAGCUGGGGUGCUUCAACUUGUCGAUGCGAGGGCACGCCAACUGCGUCAAGUUCGUUAAGUCGUUCAACAAGCCGUUGUUGUUGCUUGGCGGUGGUGGAUACACGAUGCGCAAUGUCAGUCGCGCGUGGGCGUAUGAGACUGGUUUGGCGGCGGGUGUGGAAUUGCAGCCUGAAAUCCCCGUGAACGAGUACUACGAGUACUUUGGUCCUGAUUAUCAACUCGAUGUGAAGUCCUCAAAUGCCGAGGAUCUUAACACGCCCGCAUAUCUUGACCGCGUACGUCGGAUUGUGUUGGAGAACCUCCGACACACAGGUGGCCCGCCUAGUGUACAGAUGCAGGACGUCCCCAUUGGCCCCCACGACGAGGACCUCGCCGACUCCAGCAAAGACGCCGAUCUCAUCCCACCCGACGAGCGCCGCCACACCCGCCUCCUCGACACGCGCACCCAAAACGACGGCGAGCUCUCCGACUCCGACGACGAAGGAGAGGGCGGCCGACGCGACCACGCGGACCACAAAUUCGGCAUCGGCGUGGGCAUCUUCAGCGGCAGUGGUGGCACGGCCGCCCAAGGGAUUGGCCCGAGCAGUCAUACCACGGCAGCGCAGAUCCUCAGCGGGAGUGGGAGUGGGGAGAUGGAUGUGGACUCGCCAGCGGCGUCGACGCCUGCGGGGGAGCCUAGUAAGGGGUCGGAGGAGGUUCCCAAGGAGGCGGAGAAACCGGCGGCACCAGCCCCUGCAGGGAAGGAAGGAGGUGAUGAUAGCAUGGCGGUGGAUAGUUGAAGUGAUAUGUAGUUUUCCAUUUGUUUGUCUUGUGCUUUUACUUGUGUUUACUAGCUAUCGAUCGUGCUUGAACCCUCACAAGUACCUCUCGCUUGAGUAGGAUGUGGAGUGGACAAUCAUGCAGCGUUAAUAGCUGGGACAUAACGAUCACGUGUAUGAUAGGUAAGUACCGGACCCGCGCGGUACGCGCUCUUGCUUCAUACCAUCACCAGCAUACACUAGUCUUCCC